CUCCAUGGAACAGCCCCUGUGGACAGCUCCUUUCCCUACAGCGUUCCCCUGGAUCCUCAAGGGUCGCUCCGUCUUUUUUGGAACGUCAGCUACACAGAAAAAGUGGUGCAUUUCCAGAUCCUUAUCAAGGACCUGAAAUUCGGAAUAAUUUUUGGGAUGUCCGACCGGGGGGAGUUUGAAGGAGCCGAUAUGGCCGUUUUAUGGAGCGAUGGACUGAGCUCCUUCUUUGGCGAUGCUUGGAGUGACACAGAGGGACAACUGCACAUCGACUCCCACCAAGACUACCAGCUGUUGUCAGCCCGACAGACACCAGAGGGCUUCUACCUCGUCUUCAAAAGACCCUUCAUAACAUGUGACCCCAAAGAUUACCUCAUUGAGGAUGGAACGGUACACGUUAUUUACGCCCUGCUGGAGAAACCCUUUCAUUCGUUGUCUGCCAUCAAUAUCUCCACCCUUCACCGUGGCCUGCAGCGAGUGCAGCUGCUGAAACCAGAGAUUCGCACACCUCAUCUCCCAGAUGAUGUCCUGACGAUGGACAUUCUUUCUCCCAAUGUUGUCAUUCCAGAUAAGGAGACAACUUACUGGUGCUACAUCACUGAAUUACCGCAACACUUCUCCAAACAUCACAUUGUAAUGUAUGAGCCAUCAAUUACAAAAGGACACGAGGCAGUUGUCCAUCACAUCGAGGUUUUUCAGUGUUCCGAAGACUAUGACACUAUCCCCCACUACAGCGGGCCUUGCGACUCCAAGAUGAAACCAGAAAAGCUAAACCACUGCAGACAUGUCCUAGCUGCCUGGGCAAUGGGGGCAAAGCAAUUUUACUACCCAGAAGAUGUUGGCUUAGCAUUUGGGGGAGCAAGAUCUUCAAGAUUCUUACGGCUUGAGGUUCAUUAUCACAAUCCCUUGGAGCUGAAAGGUCUGCGUGACUCGUCAGGCAUCCGUCUGCAUUAUACGCCAUCAUUACGAAAGUUUGAUGCUGGCAUAAUGGAGCUAGGUUUAGUGUAUACACCAGUGAUGGCUAUUCCUCCACGGCAAAAGUCAUUCCAACUCACUGGAUACUGUACGGAUAAAUGCACAGAGACGGUGAGUGCAGUUUCUGCAUGUCAUUCCAAUUCUUUGUACCAGAUGAAAAGUGCAAAAUUCCUCCAUUAG